AUGUCAUUAUAUGCUAAGUUUUUAAAGGAGAUACCUUUAAAUAAAUGGAAGCUUGAUGACUAUGAGACAGUGGUUCUCAUAGAGGAAUGUAAUGCAAUCUUGCAGAACAAACUACCUCCAAAGUUAAAAGACCCUAGAAGCUUCUCAAUACCUUGUCUUAUUAGCAACAUGAACAUUGACAAGGCCCUUUAUAACAAGGGAGCAAGUGUUAGUCUAAUGCCCCUAUCUACCUGUCAAAAGUUAAAUGUUGGAGAGCUUAAGUGGACUACAAUCUCAUUACAACUAGCAGAUAGAUAUGUCAAAUAUCCAAUAGGAAUUUUAGAGAACAUCCCUAUAAAGAUUGGAAAAUUCUUUAUACCAACUGACUUUAUUGUUCUGGAGAAGGAUAAGGAUGUUCAAAUUCCUAUAAUCUUAGGAAGACCUUUCUUAGCAACUGGCAGAGCAAUCAUAGAUGUCAAAAAUGGGCAGUUGACUCUCAAAGUAGGAGAAGAGGAAGUGGAGUUUAACUUGUUUCAUGCCAUGAAACAAAAGCAAGAUAUGGACAAGUGUUUAAGGGUUGAUAUAAGUGAUGAGCUAGUCGAAGAGGAGUUCAACCAGAGAUAUCCAGAAGAACCUUUAGAAACUUAUAUUAUGCACAGCAAUACCGCAAAAAAUGAAAAUAAGAAAAUAGCAGCAGUUGCACAAUCACUAGAAGCUAGCCAAUCACCCCCAUUGGCUCAAGUAGAGGAGUUAAAGCAAACUCCAACCAUGUCAACAUCUAAUAAUGAGGCAACACAAUAG